AAGAGCCAGAAGUCAAGCAGGCACAAGAAGAAGAAGUUAAUAAAAGGCCCGAGGAAGAGACAAAGGAAGAGAGCCAGAGAACGAGGAGGUUGGAAGAUAAAGAUUUGAAGAUAAAGCGAGAGAGAGAGAGAGAGGAGGAGAUGAGGACCUUCCAGAGCCAGGUGAUGCGGCGAGGAGCCUCCAGCUGCCUCACGAGUCUCCUCAACGCCGCCAGCGUCUCCUUCACAGCGCUGAUGAUCCUCAGCGUGCCGCUCUGCAGAGGUGCUCCGGCAGAACUUCAUAGACCCCCCACGGAGCAGAGGAAGCUGCUCAGCCAGGUAGACGCCGUGUGCUCGUCCUACUUCUCCGCAGGCCACAAGUUCUGGGCGUCCGAUGUCCUGGGAGAACUCUGUGUGUCGAUGCUGGUUCAGAAGUCAAAGGAGCUGAUGUUGCAAGAAUUAAGUAAAAGGGCGGAGGUCCAGGGACCGGGGGGAGUCCAGAGCAGAGGCUACUUCCUCUAUCGGCCAAGAAAUGGAAGACGAUCCCUAGAAUAUCAGUAAAGAAAGAAGGCCGAGCCAGGACUGAGAGACCCCCCCUCCAGCCCCCCUCCCUCCCCGCCGCUGCUGUACAGCGACGUCUGAAUGUACAAAUAAGACCCAAAUAUUGCUCCUACGUCUACUUUACUUUGUGUCACAUCCAUGUGUGUGUGGGGGUCCUUCACAUUAAAACUGCUACAAUGUGGCCGCAAGUGCGUUUGACUUUGCUGCACGUCACUACUUUCAUCGGGAUGUUUAAACCACAUUAGAAGACAUUGACAAUGUACACCUGCUAAAUAUAAACAUACAACUUCAAAUGAUCAUAUUCAAGAUUCAUGGAAAAAAACAUUUUUCUUUUUUACGCAUGUUUACUUAAUGUGCAUAAUAAUGCAUUUAUAAAAGAAUCACAGUGAACAAGCAAAGCUGCAAAUGCAAAAAGAAACACGUUUUACACAUGAGGGAUAAUUAGGAUUUUAGAGUGACCUUUUUAUUUAAUAAAAGAUUAAAACAGUUGAAUGUCCUUGUUAAUCAAACUAGAACUGCCUUCUUUAUGAUUCACAAUAAAAGUACAUUACACACAAAUACUAUAAAUUCAUUCAAACAGAAUUUAUAUUGUAAUUUUUAUAAAAUAUUUGCAUGUACAAAUGAAUGUGUUCUUGUUAAAUUAAUAUUUGCAUGAAUAAAGUCUUCUAUACUGAAACUGUAAUUACAGUAAACAACAGUAGAUGUCACAAUUUUUCUACUGUUACUCACGUUCAAUUCUGUUCAAAUCCGUUCAGCGGUCGUCGCUCCACAUCCGUAUAUGACAACAAUGUUGUUGCAUAUUGUGUCGUGUUUUUCACCGUCUGAAUGUACGGGAAUGUGAAGAGGGAAACAGCGCCCCUCUGCCGUCGACACCGUGCUUGUGGCCAAAGGCGGCAUUGCAGCUGUGGCGGCUUCGGCUGUUGCCAUGGUGACGAGCACCGCGCAGGAAAUUGGGGAAAUGCUGAAACUGAUCUGAUGGUCAAUUGACCCAGAAGACAAGAGAACUAGUCCCUCGAACAGGGUGUCGGCUUCGGUCCGGGACACAUCGCUCGUCACCGCGUUAAAAAAAAAUACAAAAAGCGGCCAAACGGAAUAUUUUAUUUUUCCGGUGACGAGCGUCUGACCAAAGGCCCGCUGACCCACAUUCUUAUCUAACGUUAAUGUUGCACGUAAGCUAGCUAGCUAGCUAUGUUUGACAUCACAUAACACGUUAGUGGAUGUUACGUUACGGUAUGUUGUUGAAUUCACAGUGUAAAGUAAAACAACAUUUAAAAACAACAACAGCGGCGGCUGUCUAACGAGAUAAAGUCAGCGGGACCGCGACGCGCUAUGAACCCGUGUGUCGUUUAGUGGCCGCCGGGUAUCUGACGUUAGCACGCAGACGAGCUAGCCGUUAGCAUGCUAGCUGUCGGUGCCCUGGUUCGGGACGGACGGUUUCCUCAACGCGGACAUCGCGUUCUGCGGAUUCGACACCCGCGACUACCGACCACGGAAGGAGUCUUUUGGGCGACUUGGAUGCCGCUGCCAUGUGGCGGUCCACCCAGAGCGACCCAAGAACCACACCGCUCCCUUUAAGCCUGUCGUCCACUCGAUUCGCUCUGAUCAGUGACCCAGACUCCGCCUCCACCCUGGCCCCGCCCCUCACAGGACUGGCUGUAUUGACAGUAACGUACUAUCCCACCUAUUUUUAUUUAUUGAUUUUCCGUAUAAAAAAUGUUAUUACAUGUGUUUUUCUUCAUUCUGCCCAAAGCUUCAUUUACAAAUGUCUACCUCGAGGUUAAAAGACGCCUCUCCAUCACAUUGACCCUGAACAAGACACAAAAUGACUUUGAGCAUCCACCGGUGAGGCGAACGGCUCAGUCCCCGGCUUCUUUUCGUUAUUCUUUUAUAUGAACUGAGGCUGCGGUUUGGUCUGAAUGAGUCUUUUAUCUACAGUGAGGCGCAUGGCUCAUUUCACCUCGCUGAUUGUUGUAAAACUCAUUUCCUUCAAACACGAGCGGAACUAAAUAAAUACUCUUAAAGUCUUUGUUAAUCCUUCUGUUCCAACAAUCAGCCAAGCUGGAAAGAGACGUAACCAUCAAUUCAAAGUCCCGUUGGAGUUGUAUUCUUUCCUGCUUUUACUUACUGCUGUUACAGUGUUCAUUAGAGAUUCUUCUAGGAGAGGAUCCUCUGACCUGUGUUUGUUCUGCAGGGAUGACAUCAGUAUUCUUGAUGGGUUAAUGGAAGGAGAUGAAAAGGACAAAGCAAAACGAAAUCGCUGCUCAGUCCGAGUCCACCGAGAUCAGACGAGACUGGAAGCUGAUGCUGGAGCUGAACUAACAAUCUGUUUAAUACAGAUAACUCUGGAUAGGAUUAUCUACAUGUGCGCUAGAUGGAUUUUCUUGCAAUCAUGACCGACGGGAACAUAAUCUACGCCUGUGAGAGUGUGACAUCCCUGCUGGAGCACUUACCCGUGAGUAGUGCGUGCAGAGAGCCUGCGGCGCCCCCUGCUGGAGCUCAGAGACGCUUCAUGUGUUCCAGGCGGACCUGGUGGAUCAGAACCUGCUGGACUUCCCUCCCGGGGGGGUGGGGGGGGGCACUCGGACGUGUACAAGGCCCUGUCCUCCCACGUGCUGGAGGCAGAAAUACUUCUAAGUUGGCUCUAAUGUGACCAUUUUUAUCAUUUCCGUUUGUUUGUAAUUGUCAUUUUAACGUUGUUUAAAGUUGUUUUUUGCGUCUAGCGAAGAACCAGCUGGAGUUCUGUUGCCACAUGCUCCGAGGGACCAUCGACCCCGAAGAGCCCCCCGUCUACGAACACGUCAAGUUCAUCGGGAACUUCAAGGUACGGAAGCGGGGAAGCAGGACGGAAUUUAUUUGCUCGCGACAAUCCGUUUCCUUUAAACCUGCAACUGCGUCAUUUGGAAGGUGUCUGCAUUUGCUCCACAAAGAAUUAAGAUUUGAAAAUAAACUCAUGAAAAGG